GACUAAAGAACAUAUUCUACUUCAAUUUGAAUAAGAUUUUCCCUCACAUCAGCAAGAAAUAUAAAAAGGGUCCCUGCCAAAUAGUAAGCCCAAGAUCAAGCCAAGUUGAUUUCUUCCACUUACUCCAAAAAAAAACUUUGCUUCAAAACUAUUGAGAAAAUAUGGGUGCCAACAAUUCUUCUGCUUGGCAUCAAACAAAUGCGCUGUCAGUACCCAUGAAGAAUCAAGUCAUACGUUUCCAUUCCUCAGCAACAUGGCAGCUCCAUUUUGAUUCAUUGAAAGAAACAAACAAAUUGAUUGUUAUUGACUUCACAGCUUCAUGGUGUGGUCCCUGCCGACACAUGGAGCCAGUUAUCAAUGAGUUUGCUGCUAAAUAUACAGACGUCGAGUUCAUCAAGAUUGAUGUGGAUGAACUGGCUGAUGUAGCCCAAGAAUAUGGGGUGCAAGCAAUGCCAACAUUCGUGCUGAUAAAGCAAGGGAAAAUAGUUGAUAAACUUGUGGGAGCAGAUAAAGAUGGGCUGCAGAAGAAGAUUGAAAUAAACAGAGCUUAAGGAACCAAAAAGAAAGCACUAUUUCUUCCUCACUUCAAUAAGGGUGAUGAUAUCCCUUGUCAUUGUUGUAUAUUGGGCUUGAAUAAGAAGAUGCCUUGCUUGUGUUGUGUCCA